CCUGGAAUCAUAGUAGCCUCGAUCCCAGGCAGGCCUUGUGAAGGAGGCUAAGUCAUUAGCUUUUCAGUUGAGUCCUCUAUAUAUCUAUAUCUAGCUCUUACUAGCUACCAGCGCAGCAUAUCUAAAGAAUGUCUAUAAAGCCUGUCGUUUUUGUGAUUGGAGCUUCAGGAUCUGUGGGUGCUGCUACGAUUAAGAACUUAACGGAAAAUUAUGCUCACAAGGUUGAAAUUCGAGCUGGAGUGCGGAACCCUGACUCAGAAAAAGCUGGAAAGUUGAAGUCUCUUUCAAAUGUGACUGUAGUACAGGCUACCAUGGGGGCAAGCAACCUAGUUAGCAUUUUUCAAGGAGUAAGCACUCUUUACAUCGUUACACCUACUGCAAAAAAUAGAGUAGAACUGACUACCUCAACUGCUCUGUCGGCAAAGGAAGCAGGUGUCAAACAUGUCGCAGUAGUGUCUACCCUAACAGCCAAGCUACCAGACACUUCAUUUGGUAGCCAGUAUACUAAAAUUGAACGCCACAUCUCAGAGCUGGGUUUAGUGUAUACGGUUCUUCGGCUCCCAAUGUUUAUGGAUGGAUACGCGCAUUAUAAACAAUCUGUGAAACACGGAGUCCUUACCCGGGUAAUUGAUCUGGAUACACCCUGCCAUGCCACUACUGUUGCUGAUAUCGGAAAAGCUUCAGCUGCUAUUCUGGCUAAUCCUGAAUUAUACCAGAACAAAACGAUCGCUAUUUUGGGCGAUCGAAAUACCUCAAAUGAGUUCAUAAGUAUCCUAUCAGAAGUUCUUCAAAAAGAAAUUAAGUAUGAACGAAUUCCUUUUGAGGAUGAGUUGAAGAAGAUGAAAUCGGUUGGAGUGCCAGAAUGGAUAGCCGAGGGUCUAACAGAGGUCGCAAUGAAGAUGGAAUCUACAACUGUGUAUUCAGAAGGUGAUCUUGGCAAAUUCAAACAAAUAACUGGUGACGACCCGACCACACUAAGAAAAUGGAUUGAGGACAAUUUACAUGUAUUUAAUUAGCAACACAUUUGGUUUCACAUGGUAGUCUAGUCUAGUCUAUAUGACGUACCAUUAUUUCUAUACGCGAUAAUUGUUAAACUAUAUAUUGUCUUUAGUGGUA